ACUGAUAUCACAUUGAGACUGCGAUAAAUGCGCCGGUGAAGCCGCCUGUGGCCUUCAACCAUGCCUUCCUUACCGAUAGUUCCGCGCCGCCGACAGCGGAGCGAGGAAGAGGAGAGCAACGGAUCGUCAACUGCCCAAGAAAACCCCACGCCCGCGUCAAACAGCAGCAAACGUAUCCGUCUCGAUCCCAACCAGACCAGUGACGAUGAGCAAGACACUGAAGAUAUCUCUAGUGAUGAAGGUGGUGAUGAUGACCGCAUUGUAAAUGGCGCUUCAAAGGUGGCGAAGAUGGCGAAACGUCGAAUCAGUCAGAAUGGAAGCCAGAAUGGAGCACCGCAAGAGGUGUACAAACCCGGCGCCAUCGUGCGCAUCAAAGUCAUUGAUUUCGUGACUUAUACGUCGGCUGAGUUCUUUCCCGGUCCGAAACUGAAUAUGGUGAUUGGACCCAACGGAACGGGGAAGAGUACUCUUGUCUGUGCGAUAUGUCUGGGACUUGGGUGGGGGCCGGUGCAUUUAGGCCGUGCCAAAGAUGCCGGCGAGUUUGUGAAGCACGGAUGCAGAGAAGCUACAAUCGAGAUUGAGCUCGCAGGAGGAGCCCGGUUUCGUCAAAAUCCGGUUGUGUCUCGAACAAUCAAACGUGAUGGCAACAAAAGCUCGUUCACCCUGAAUGGGAAGCCCGUAUCGCGCAACCAGGUGUUGAAGCUCGCGCAGUCAUUCUCCAUCCAAAUCGACAACCUAUGUCAGUUCCUUCCGCAGGACAAAGUCAGCGAGUUUGCGGCUCUUACGCCCAUCGAGCUCCUCAGCUCCACACAAAGAGCUGCAGCCGGGCCGGAAAUGGAAGAAUGGCACAAUGACCUGAAAAAGCUGCGAGCCGAACAGAAGAAAUUACAAACAGAUAAUAAAGGCGACAAGGAUCUACUGGCUAAUCUCGAAAACAGGCAAGAAAUGCAAAGGGCUGACGUUGAAAGGGUGCGACAAAGAGCCCAGAUCAAGAGGAAGAUCGAGAUGCUGGAGCUAGUUCGCCCCGUCACGAAGUACAAGGAGAUGCACGCCAAUUUUAAUCAAAUGAAAAGAAAGAAGGAUGAGAUUUCUCGUGAGCUUGAAACUCUCAAGGCUGAGCUAGAACCCGCUCUGAGAGCAGUAAAUGCGAAACAACAAUACUGUUUACAAAUAGAGGAUGUCAUCAAGUAUAAAAAGGCGCGCAUCGACGAAGCAGAACGCACAGCUUCAAAUCUAGGGAAAAAGAUCGAGCAACAUGAAGACUCAAUAAAAGAUCUAGACCGCCAAAUCGAGUCUGAGAGGAAGAGCUAUGGCCAUUCUAAAGAGGAACAAACGAAAGUUCAGCAAAGCAUCAACAAACUCAACCGCCAAUUUAACGAAGAGGUCAUUGAGUUCGAUGCUCAUUGGUACAAUGAACAGAUCGUAAGUGGGUACCAAACUAUGGCAAAGACACACGCUUAUUUGUACUACAGAAAGAGAAGCGGCUAAAGUUUCGGGAAAUUGAAGAAAAGGCAAACAAAAUUAAAGAGGAUCGAAGGCCAUUGUUCGAAGCACUCAAAGAGAAAACCCGCAAAAUCGAGCAAUCGGAACAACACAUGAAAAGACUGGAAUCUCAGGCUGGACGACAGGAGGAAAAGCUGAAGGCUAUCUCACUUGACUCCUACAAGGCUUACGAAUGGAUUCAGCGGAAUCAGCACAAAUUCGAAAAGGAAGUUUUCGGUCCUCCCAUUGUCACAUGCUCUGUGAAAGAUCCUAG